AUGUCUUGUCUCCCUCUAGUGGUCACUCACUGCGGGUCAUACCGCCACAGAAUUACAUUGUAAAUGCAGAGUGUCUUUUGUAGUAAUUCCAAAUGGCCAGCCGGUGUCGCCUUAACUCCUGAUAAUCCAACUUCCAGUUUUUUGCUGGGAAGAGACACGCCGACACCACAUUCAAAAUGGCCUCUAUCAGCAACUGCGCUGGACGUGGAUCAAAAUGUGCAUAAACAAUACCGUUCUGUGGAUUUACUCAUCAUCAUUACCGCUAAAUUCUUAAGGGGAGCGAUGUCAUGAACACACCACACUGUCAGAAGUGAAGUAUGUAAGAUGAGAUCUUGUUUUGCAGACAGCCCAGCCGAACCGGGGCGCCGCAGCAGCAGGGUAUCAUCUGCGGUUCUGAACCACCGACACCUCCAGUGAGAUGGAAGGAGUGGAGGAUGCUGAUGUGUUGGGUUUCGCACCGUCCUUCGAUGUCAACGACAACCGGGAGCCAUGCAAAGUUCGCAUUUGUGUUUCUGACCCUGACGGCGCACGCUCCGGGCGGGCCGCCGGGGAGGAUUCUGUUUACAAUUCGGGUAAACGGGAUCGGGACGCUAGAGAGGCGUCCGAGUGCAAUGCACCGAAAGAGGGGCACAUUUUGCUUGAUUUGAUACCAGACUCUGUCUCUACGGUGGUGGGAGACAGGGAUGGGAUAUUCAAUGGAUUUUCCGAUCAGCAGGAGGUGGAUGUGGUCUGUCCAGAUGGAGGAGGGGGAACCCGGUCCGGCCCGAAUGCAGCUGUGCGCGCACUCGGAAUGACAGAGUCGGAUCGGGUUAAGCGUGGGUGCGAGUGUGCUGGAGAGAGUGUAGAUAAACCCGACAAGGGUUAUUUAAAUUCACAGCUGAGGCCAAAGUCUCCAGUGUCAUUUGCUGGUAGGAAUUCACCAGAUAUGAAGAUGCCUAACGGAGAUGCGACCUAUGAGCAUAUGGACAAUGAUCGUAUAAACUGCAUGGAUUAUGAUCAUACAAUGCAAUCUUUUCAAAAAGGACUCAACAGUAGAGGUAUAAAAGUGGGGAAUGGAGGGUUUUUAAUUGUGAACAGUUAUAACACUCUGUCUCAAGUCCCUUUUGGAUCUCUUGGUGGCCUUCAUGCUCCAAAGAGCCAUGCCUUUGUUCAUCAAAGUGAUUGUGCGAGGUCAUGUGAAAGAAUCGUUUGUGCCAGCGCAGAGAGCUCGGACCCGGAUCCCGUAGACACCCUGUCAGACCUCAGUGCCAAGCUGUCCUUGUCUCCCCUGGCAGAAAACACAAGCGAUUACACUGAAGCCGAGCCGAGCCCGGAAGAAUUUAGCGAGUGUGGUCCUCCACCCCGGCCCCAAAGUCUGCGGACUAACCCCGGUCACUCAAUUUCCCUCAGCUGCGAUGCCACUCCCCUCAGCCCCGAGGAUGAUGGAUAUUUUGGAGCGGAGGGUGGCGUGGAUGAAUGCCUCAGCACUGGGAAUACAUUUGAUCUCGGACGUCGACAAAGCGCUCCCGACAACCUCCCAGACAGACUUAACGAUAACCCCGAGGCUUCACCUGACCUAACGGUUGACACGAAGAGGCACGGCAUCGCCGAGUUCCUCACCAGGAGUUUGUUUUCCUGGAAGCCCAAAGAGUCAAGGGCCACAGCAUCCCAGAGUGUUCCAGGAUGGAAACUGUUUGGAAAAAUUCCAUUGAGGGACAACCCUCCCAAAGACUGUCAAAUCAUCCAACAGGAGUAUGAAUCCAGGGCGGUACCCGCUGUAGGACCGUCCCUUCAGCCAAUGAGAAGGAAGAAUCUUGAGUUUGAGCCUUUGUCCACCACUGCGCUCAUUCUGGAGGACAGGCCAGCGAACUUACCAGCUAAAUCAGAAGAGGAAUCUGAGAGGCACAGGCAGGAAUACAGUGAGAUGGUUGCAGGGGCCAAGAGAAGAGAAAUGAAAGAUGCACAGAAGAAAAAACGACAGAUGAAGGAAAGAUACCGUCAGGAAGAGAACAUCGCCAAUGCCAUGGUGAUCUGGAACACUGAGGUCCUGCCCAACUGGGAAAGCAUGCGUAACACCCGACGUGUGCGUGAACUCUGGUGGCAGGGUAUCCCGCCCAGCGUCCGUGGAAAGGUCUGGAGCCUCGCCAUCGGCAAUGAGCUAAACAUAACCCCAGAGCUGUACGAGAUCUUCCUGUCUAGAGCCAAAGAGAAAUGGCGGAGCUUCAGCGAGACAAGUUCUGUCAAUGAGAGUGAAGACUGUGGCGUGUCAUUGGCUGACAGAGAAUCUAGUCUGGAUUUAAUCAAGCUUGAUAUAUCAAGAACUUUCCCAUCUCUCUACAUAUUCCAGAAGGGUGGACCAUACCAUGAUUUAUUGCACAACGUGUUGGGGGCAUACACCUGUUAUAGACCCGAUGUUGGCUAUGUCCAGGGCAUGUCCUUCAUUGCUGCUGUUCUCAUUCUGAAUUCGGAAGAGGCCGAUGCCUUUAUUGCCUUCGCCAACCUCCUUAAUAAACCAUGCCAGAUGGCCUUCUUCAGAGUGGACCAUGACCUGAUGCUGAAGUAUUUUGCAGCAUUUGAAGUGUUUUUUGAAGAGAACCUGCCCAGACUAUUCCAGCACUUUCAGAACAACAGCUUGACCCCUGACUUUUACCUCAUAGACUGGAUCUUCACUCUGUACAGUAAGUCAUUACCGUUGGAUGUGGCCUGUCGUGUUUGGGAUGUGUUUUGCCGAGAUGGAGAGGAGGCAUUAUUUCGGACCGGACUGGGAAUUCUACGGCUGUACCAGGAUGUUCUGCUGCAGAUGGAUUUCAUCCACAGUGCACAAUUUCUUUCUCGGCUGCCUGAAAACACACCCGCACAUGCACUCUUCUCCUGCAUAGCUAACACACAGAUGGUCAGUAACAACCGGCGGUGGAACCAGGUCUUUUCUGCUCUGAUGAAAGAUGGACUAAAAGAAACAGACAAAAGCAGCAGUAGUCCUGCCUUAAGAAGCUAACAGCUGACACUUCUAAAGGACAAGGGGAUGUUUUUGAGGCUCGGAGAUGAUGACUGUUCACGCAGCACUUUGAACUCUGCCUUGUGCCUGAGGAGAACAUCUUGGGCUCAAACUUGAUAUGCUUGUUGUACUGUUAAAAAUGUCAUGAUGGACCCGUCCCCUGUGGAAGGGAUGUUUUUUUCACUUACGUUCAAAAGCGUUUAUACCUGUGUUUAAGAAUGAAUUCGAGAGCAGGAGAAUAAUACAAAUGUGAGUCAGGUUAUCGUAUAAUGUGCCAACUUUGUCAAUGUUACUUUUGUAAUAUUGUGACUGUAAGAAAACAACCAGAUCAGAUAAUGAUCAGAACCAUUUACACACAUACAGAGGACAUAAACGCCCCAGGCCAGCAGUAAUCUUGCACCAGCGGUAGGCCAUCUGGUGCACACACACACACACAUAAUCUAAACCUGCAGUAGCCUUUCAUUUAGCACACAGCAAAUCUGUCAAUGUAUUUAUGCAAAAUGUGUUUGUUUUUCUUUUUUUAAAUUCAGUCUGUUUGCUAAAAUCCUCACCUCUGUUUGACUGCAGUUAUAGAGCCAUUGAUACCUAUGGCAAUAUUUCUGUAUCCCUGUGACCACCUGUGAGCCACAGUAUACCCCAAAACUCUAAACGGAGACCUGGAACCAGAAUAGCUUGAAUCAGAAUUGCUGAUCUGAGAUCAGGGUUUGCCUGUUAUAUGCCAUCUAAAGACAGAUGCUGAUCAAAUAUUACAACUCGGAGAGUUUUCUUAAUAAUCAGCCAUGAGGUUUUGAAUAAAAUGUCUGCAAACACACACAUUACACACUAACCUUAACCAGCAAACAAGAGAUCAAGUUUUGCACCUUCUACAACACUCCAAAAUGAAUGAUUUUUUACAUUUUGUUGUUAUUUAAGGCCUGUUUUUAAUUUAAGAAUCAUCUUUUUAUCUUUCUCACGGUUGUACAGUUUUCUUACAUCAACAGUGAAAAUUGUACGUUGCUUGUGUGAGGGAUCUAGUCAAUUUCAGUAUUGGAGACCUGAUUUGUCUUCCUGUCAUUCUUUCUUAGUUUUUUUUUUUACUUGCACAGCAUCUUAUAAAAUGAAACUACAUUUAAGGAAGAUUUUGUUACAUUGUACAAGCCACAACAUGGGACCAGCAUGUUUUUGAGAAGUGCCAUCUACAAAAUACAGCAAUUGCUUCUUUUUGGACAAGAAGUUUAUGCUGCCUGCUUCAUGGUUCUUUAACAUUAUAUUUAAUGAAAUACCUGGCUCAUUAAUUAUGUGCAAAAUA